CAUUGGCUCCUGCUCCCCCACCAGGGCCCCGAGGCCCAGCCUCAUUGUUGAUCUGCUCAUUGAACCAGUGACGCCAGGGAAGAAACUGCUCAUGUGUGGUACCUCCCAAUGCUAACCAGAACACUCCUCAGCCUGGAGUCAGAAGGGCCAAGUUAAACAUGAGGUGGGGUGGGGCUACACUCUGGGGCACAAAGUAGGAGGUCCCCAAGGAGGCUUCUUCUUAAAUUUAAUCCACCCUCCAUCCUGUUCUACCCAUUCUCCUUGUGAGGUUCAGAUUACCAUAUGUUUACAAUAUAGAAAACCAAUCGCAGGGAGUUAAGUGACAUGCUUGAGGCCAAAAGACAGCGAGAGGUCAUGUUGUGGCUAGAGGAGGAUGUUCGUCUGGACUCCCUGUUUGCUCACUGCUCCUCCAUUAUUGUGAGAACAUGGGUGUGGAAGUGAGUGCCUACACUAUCGUCUCCCACCCCAUCCUCCAUCAAUAUGGCCUCUUUUGUGAUGGGGCACGGAAUGGGGUCCCAGGACCUGAGACUCCAGUGUCUUCCAUCAAAUGAAUGGUCCCCACCUUUCCCCAAUCCUCCUCCUUAUGGUCUCAUUCUCUCUCUCUUUUAACCCAGAAAGAAGCCAGGUGGUGGGGAACAGGUGGUUCAUGGUGAUGCUACUAAGGAUUAAUUGGCCACUAAGGAGUCAGUAUGAGUGUUGCCCAUGGUCUCAUGGUGAAUCAGUGGAAUUCUGUGCAAGCAGAGCUCCUCUGAGGUUGUUCUGGGACUAAAUCCAGGGACUAGGUCACAUGUGCCCAAAGGGGACUUGGAGUCAAGUGUGAAGAACUCAGGCAGGUAGGCAGGGCUUGCUGGAGGCAGGUGUGCGGUGUUAAACUCCAGGGCAGUGCUUCCUGUGGGCAUCAGUGAGGAUUUCCCACAGAAGAAACCAGCAUCCCUCAGGCCAGAGUCUAUGGCCCACCUCAGAAGCAUCCCAGGGCUCCUGGUAUUGGAGGAGCUUCUCCACCUACCCUGGGAGCUGGGACUAGGAGACUGUAGGAAAGAGAUCAUGAUCCAUUAGCAGCACAGACAUCAUCAGAUGUAGGUGGAUGGUAAGGGCAUGCCCUGCGGGAGAUCUUAGCCGGUGCUUCCUCAGACAACCUGACUCUGCAAGCAUCUUCCCAGUGCUUGGCCAUGCCCCCGAACACCCUGGGAGAGACUAUUAAGAGAGGCAAAGCUACCUGCCAGGGCCCACAUAGGGAAUGACCUCCCGUGUCCAUGACCAGUGUUCCCCACUAUGUGGGUUCACCAUGCUGCCAGCUGACCUAUUCCUUGCCACCAGUGUGAGCACCCCAGACCAUGAAUUCUACUGGAAGGAUCUGUUUUUCUCCAUUGUGAUAACUCGUGUCUUGGCCUGUGUUCCCCAGAGCUCUCUGGACACUCCACAUUGCCUCACUGGACCGAGAGGACACACCUAGACUGCUUUGGCUGGGAGGAGUGCUUGCCUGGCCAGCACUGCAAGUUCUGUGGAAAAAGAUCUUAUAACACCUGAUGGGAUGAACUCUAUUCUUCCCAUUCUUACAUGUGAGUAAAUGAAGUUUCAGAGAAAUGAGACGACUUACCUAAAGCCUUUCAGUCAGCAAGUGAUGGAGGGGCUCUGGCAUUUCCAGAGACCAGGAGGAAGAGCCACCAGUCAAAUAGCUACCAGCUUCCAACUCGAACAUCUUCAGAGCAGCAACUGGAAAGGGGAAAACAUCCUGACAGCAUAUAUUCAGACACAUACGGUCAGCAUCAUGAAGCUCUGGACGCCUCAACUCAUGACAUUCCUCUGUAUGGUGCUACUGUCUGUGCUGGGAGUGAUAAAAGAAAAACACAGCUGGGCUGAAAUGUUACUUGAGGAGUGCUGGGGACAGCCAAAUGUCCUUGAAUGCACCAAGAAGUGUUCUGGAACCUUUAAAUGUAUAAACAAAAAUCACAUAUGCUGCUGGACCUAUUGUGGAAACAUCUGCUGGAAAAAUAAAGAAAUCUUUGAAAGACAUCUAAAACCCUAAUCUCCCAGCUGGACACCAGUCUGUUCUCACUGAGGGCUGGGCAGGAGCAAAUCCUUGACAAAUAAACUCAUUUAUCAACAGUG